CUUGCUUUCCCUUCUUUCUCCUUCCUCCCAGGAGAAGUGGGCUGUAUUUCAUCCCCAAUUUUAACUUGCCCCCUUCCUCCUCCUUGUGCCCACUGCAAUUGCUGCCUACUUUGCCUUUGACCUGUGACCUGGGCUUUCAGGCCUCUCCAACAAGUCCUUUUGUGAAGUCCCAUUCUCAAACAAGGUUCAAAGUCAAGGGACUCCAGGACAUCCCAUCCAUGCCAUGGGUUCUUCAGGACUGGGACGUUGCAGGCUGGCCCUGGCAUUUGCAGUGCUCAUGGAUGCUGCAGGCACUGGGGCACUACUGACAGGUAUCUUUGCCAGGCUUCGUCUCCGGGGCCGAGACUUUGGGGAUCUUUUGAUUUACUCAGGAGCUGUGCUGGUGUUUCUGAGCCUGCUGGGUUGGAUUAUGUGGUAUACAGGCAAUAUCGAGAUAGCCCCUGAAGAACUGGCAAGGGAUUACGGUGCCAAGGGAGGCACUCUGGCCCGACUCGCCAGGAAGAUCUCACGGACCUGGUCCCGACGCCAAGGUGGCGGACUGGCCAUGAGGACAGUAUCAAGCAGCCGGGAAGCAGCAUAGAGGAUGGAUGAAUGGACUUGUAAGACUAAAUGGUGUUCAUCUACGGGAACUGGACCUAAGCUGAGAUUCACCACAUUAACACAAG